AUGAUUGUGGGCAUAACAGCCCAUGUCAAUGCCUAUAGAAAAUUUGGACGCGAUUGUCGCGACAUAAUCUGUGCCUCUGCUGAAAGAUGUGUUUUGGCCAACGUGGCCUGCGAAAAGGAUCAACAAGAUGGCGAGCACUGCGGCCAGUAUCCCAAGUGCGUGGAGCGUUCGUUUAGCCAAGAUCAGCAAUUAAAUCGCUUCACGAUCGACACCACAUCCACCACAGCUAACACUCGUAGCAUCAGAGCACCCAUCUCUAGUCCCAGCACCAGCACGCUCCAUCUGAACCAACAACUUUAUAUUAAACCGGACACAGAUACGGACAGUGGCAUUGAGCUCCUCGAGGGUGCGCCAGGCGCUGAUCCAGGUGCCAGUCAUGCAGAUCAGAGACAGGCGAAUGUUUUGGUCAUUGUACAGGAUGGCACACAGGAGUCCAUGCCAAACCCCAAUCCCAAUUUCAAUAGCCAACCCUGGCGACAGCCCUGCAUUGUCAGUCCCUACUAUCCAUAUGCCUGCACCAAUGCGCCCUCAACUUACAUGCCCGCCUCAAGGUCUGCGCUGCCUUAUCCCGCUUCCAGGCCGCAGUUGAUGUCUCCAUCACCGCCCUGUUACUUCAAUUGCUAUCCCAGACUGGCACAAAGCUAUCCGCUUGCUAGAUUCGUUAGGCCAUCCGCAUCAACUAGCAACUAUUUGCUUUAUAUAACCGUUUAG